AUUCAACAAUUUCACACCACUAUAAACACACUGCUUUGAGAGCUGCACGACUUGAGCGUCGGAGAAUUCUUCAUCAGCACCGAUAUAGUAAAUUUUGUGCCUCGCGGGUGCGGCAAGCAAACUGCAAGUGUUGUAAUUGUGCUGCGAAAGGUGGCAGAAUUAAUUGCUGGAAAUUAAAUAAAGUUAGGGUGUUAUCGGUGGUUGGUAAUAAAAAAAAAAGAAUAUUAUUAGCCAGCCAAAAAAGAAAAAAAAAAGGAAAAAAAAAAAAAAGUUGGGGCAGAAUCGGAAAAGAGAAAAGUUGCAUGAGAAACUCGGAAGUAGAGGGAAGAAUAUGAGGACGCUUGGCGUGAUGGCGGAACCAUCUAUUGCCAAAUGCUAAACUGUCCCUCUCUCUCUCUCUCUCUAAAACCAUCCAAAAUCUCUCUCCCUUUUCUCAGCAACGAAACAGAAAGGUAGAGCUCUCUAGCUGUCUAUCUAGCUCUCUGGAUGAUGGGGACAAGUAGUAAAAAACUGGCUGCGAUUAGUAAUUCCAGCAGCACUCAUCAGCAUGCAUGGUGGUCGUCCUCCUCGUCGAUUGCGGUUCUGUUGUUUGUGGUUCCGCUGGUUGUGGUUUUCGGGUUGAUUUCUGUGCUGGGUCCGAACACCUCCAAUUGGGUUAUUAUCUCCCCCUCUGCUUCUCCUAGUUUAAAUUUAACUGCUACUAGUCCUAGUAGUGGUGGUAGUAGUGAUUCGAAUGACGACGUUUUGGGGUUGAGAUCGACGGUGGCUGUUCUCGAUAUGCACAGCAUAGAAGAAGCUCACUCCGAUGACUCCGUACAAAAUCAAUCCUCGUCGCCUCCGAUCGCCAUUGAAGAUGAAGCAGAAGCUUUGCCAACUCUUCAACAACCCAAUGUGACAAAGGGAGACGACUCGAGGAAUGAAACUCAUGAUUCUAUCAUGGAAAAACGACAAAGAAAGAAUACAAAUUUAGGGUGGCUGGAGGCCCGCCUUAGAAGAGCUCGAGCUGCCAUAAGAGAAGCUAAAUUUGGAAAUCAAACACAUGAUGUCGAUUACAUUCCUAAUGGUCCAAUGUAUUGGAAUGCUAAUGCCUUUCACAGGAGCUAUUUGGAAAUGGAAGAAAAGUUCAAGGUCUUUGUUUAUGCAGAAGGUGAACCCCCAUUGUUUCAUAAUGGCCCUUGCAAGAGUAUAUACUCCAUGGAGGGGAACUUUAUACAUGAAAUUGAGGUGAAUAAACAAUUUCGGACUCAAGAUCCGGAGAAAGCACAUGUUUAUUUUCUACCCUUCAGCGUGACAAUGUUGGUCCGUUUUGUCUAUGUGCGCGACUCACAUGACUUCAGUCCAAUUAGACAAACAGUGAGAGAUUAUGUCAAUAUUGUCUCUGAAAAAUAUCCCUACUGGAACCGAAGCCUUGGAGCUGACCAUUUUAUGCUUGCUUGCCAUGAUUGGGGGCCUGAAACUUCAAAUUCCAAUCCCCAUCUUCGCAAAAACUCCAUUCGUGCCUUAUGCAAUGCCAAUACCUCAGAAGGGUUCAACCCAUCAAGGGAUGUGUCCUUUCCAGAAAUCAAUCUUCAAACAGGCGACACUCACGGCUUCCUUGGUGGGCCUUCUCCAAGGCUACGCUCGAACCUCGCUUUCUUUGCUGGAGGAGUUCACGGUCCUAUUAGGCCUAUUCUGCUAGAGCAUUGGGAGAACAAGGAUCCAGACAUGAGAGUCCAUCAGUACCUUCCAAAGGGUGCUUCGUACUACGACAUGAUGCGACAAAGCAGGUUCUGCCUUUGCCCAAGUGGGUAUGAAGUUGCAAGCCCAAGGGUGGUGGAGGCAAUUUACACCGGAUGCGUGCCGGUGCUCAUCUCAGACCAUUACGUGCCCCCAUUCAGCGAUAUUUUGAAUUGGAAGUCAUUCUCCGUCGAGGUUUCGGUAAGUGACAUUCCCAAUUUGAAGAAAAUACUAACGAGAAUAUCAUCAAGGCAGUACGUGAGAAUGCAGAGGAGAGUGUUACAAGUAAGGAAACAUUUUGAGGUCAAUUCUCCGCCGAAGCGAUUCGACGUUUUUCACAUGAUCCUCCAUUCUAUAUGGCUCAGAAGAUUGAAUUAGUCUCCUAACUCUGGACAAACAAUAUCCUGAGGUCACCUACAAGUCCAAGUGGUUAGAAGUCUCCCAUUAUUACACCAAGAAUGGUCAUAAGAGAAUAAUAGUGUGACUUCUUGAAAGAACGUUGCUCAAGGAGCACAACCCCAAAAGUUCCGAAGAUAUGCUUGCAUACCAAUGCCAUAUUGAUUUCCCAUCCUGAAGCAGGCCUGAUUUUGAAUUGUUUCUUUACUCUAAAUUGUAUCAACAAUAGUUGACUCCCAUGUUUUUCCUACAUCAAUAAACAAGUAAAUUUUAAU